AUGCAGGAUUAUCAAAUUCAAAAACUAACUGCAAUAUUCUACCCAGUAUACACUGGGUUGGUCAUCAUACUUCAAACUACUUUAUUGUUCCUUAUAUUCAAAAACCAAGCAAAAUUACUAGUGAAUCUACGUCUUUAUCUGGUCCACAUUUGCACCACACAAUUGAUCACAUUGAUUUCCGGAUUUCUUACACAGUGCAGGAUGGUACCAAAUGUGACUACUGUAGCAUUCAUUUGCAAUGGCAUGUGCACCAAUAUUGGUAGAAAAUCAUGUUUUAUUGUCCAUCUUCUUCGAGACGCUUCGUCGACUGCAAAUCUGUUCGCUUUGGUGCAUGUAUUUUACUAUCGCUAUACAAUAUUAUCUCACAAAUCAAUUAAUCGGUUUCAAUUAUAUCGAAACAUGAUUAUCAUUCAUUUGCCAGCAGUUUUUUGCGCAAUUUGUCAAUUUAUAAAUCCGUCAAAUCAGGAUAUAAUUCUAGAAGAAACUCGAAAGUUUCAUCCAGAUUACAUGAUCGAUGAGAACUCUAUAUUUGGAUUUUCCGAAUUGAAUUCGUGGUCUGUUAAGAUGAUGACAAUCAUUUUCCCAUGUGUACUGGUUUUGAACCCAAUUGCAGCAUUCAUUUACAGAAGAAAAAUCUGCACAUUACUGAAAGAAUAUGAGGAAUACAGUGCGUCGAGGGUUCAGAAUGCGAAGAGUAUGAUAAAGGGUCUAAUGGUGCAAACCCUUCUGCCUCCGAUCUGCUUCAUCCCACUUUUUGCCGAAUUCUUUCUCUUCUCAAAAUAUCCAUCAGCAAAUCUUGCUCUUCUCGAGUAUCUCAAUUCAUUCCUUGUAAUCCUUCCAACAAUGCUUGAUCCAAUACUUUCGAUUUAUUUCGUUAUUCCAUUUCGGAGAAAAUUUAUAAAAUAUGUUAUCUCGAUUAGGCAAUGUAAAAGAAUGUCGCUGAGUUCGGAUGAUGCAUCGCGUAUUAAACAAAUAACGGGAAAUAAGAAAUCGAAUGUAUUUCACGAAAUGUGA